GCGGGAGCAGUGCUAGCAGAAGGCAGUAUCUCAGUGGGUCUGCUAGGAACCAGAGAAAAUAUCUCCUGCUCUUAAAUAUUCUGAAAUCAAACUGAUCUCUUUUGCACAGUACAAUGGCACAGGCUGCAGGCGGUCUGGAUGAAGACCAGUUGAGCUGUUCGAUCUGUCUGGAUCUACUGAAGAGCCCAGUGACUAUUCCCUGUGGACACAGUUACUGUAUGGUCUGUAUUAAGGGCUGCUGGGAUGGGUUUGAUCAUACUGGUGUCUACAGCUGCCCCCAGUGCAGAGAGACCUUCACCCCAAGGCCUGUUUUAAGGAAAAACACCAUGCUGACUGAAGUGGUAGAGGAACUGAAGAAGAUAGGACUCCAAGCUAUUCCUCCUGCUCACUGUUACACUGGACCUGGAGACGUGGCGUGUGAUAUCUGCACUGGGAGAAAGCACAAAGCCAGCAAGUCCUGUCUGGUGUGUCUGGCCUCUUACUGUGAAACUCACCUCAAGCCUCACUGUGAAUCUCCUGCCUUUAAGAAGCACAAACUGGUGAAAGCCACUGGAAACCUGCAGGAGAAGAUCUGCUCUCAUCAUGACAAACUGCUGGAGGUUUACUGUCAUACCGAUCAGCAGUUUAUCUGUUAUCUGUGUACAGUAGAUGAACACAGUGGCCAUGCUACAGUCUCAGCUGCAGCAGAAAGGACUGAGAAACAGAAGCAGCUGGGGGCGACACAGACUAAAUUCCAGCAGAGAAUCCAGAAGAAAGAGAAGGAGCUGCAGGAUCUGAGACAGGCUGUGCAGUCACUCAAGCGCUCUGCACAGGCAGCAGUGGAGGACAGUGAGAGGAUCUUUACUGUGAUGUUCCGCUCCAUUGAGAGAAGGCGCUCUGAGGUGAAAGAGCUGAUCAGAGAUCAGGAGAAGGCUGAAGUGAGUCGGGCUGAAGGACUCCUGGAGCGACUGGAGCAGGAGAUUGCUGAGCUGAGGAGGAGAGACGCUGAGCUGAAGCAGCUUUCACACACAGAGGAUCACAUCCAUUUCCUCAAGAGCUGUCAGUCUCUUUGUGCCCAUCCUGGACCUGGAGACUUACCCAGCAUCACGUUCAGUCCACACGUCUCUUUUGUGGCUGUGAGGAAAUCUGUCUCUGAGCUGAAAGAGCGACUGGAGGACGCCUGCAAAGUGGGACUGGUCAAAAUCUCUGAAUCAGCAGUGAAAGAAGUCCCUUCUGUAGAGCCCAGGACCAGAGAGGAUUUCUUACAGUAUUCCUGUCAGCUCACUCUGGACCCCAACACAGCAAAUCGACGCCUUCGUCUAUCUGAGGGGAACAGAACGAUGACUGGUAUGAGAGAGACCCAGCCAUAUGCAGAUCAUCCAGAGAGAUUUGACCGCUGGAUCUUAGUGCUGUGCAGACAGGGUCUGUCUGGACGCUGUUACUGGGAGGCUGAGUGGGAGUGUUGCACGGGGGAUAUUGAUAUAGCAGUGUCAUAUAAAGAGAUCAGCAGGAAAGGAAAUGGUAACGAUGCUGCUAUGGGAUGGAAUAGCAAGUCCUGGAAUUUGUGCUGCACUCCCUCUAGUUGCUGUUUCUGGCACAAUAACAGGGAGACUGUAAUCCCUGUUCCUCCCUCCACCAGAAUAGGAGUGUAUCUGGAUCACAGGGCAGGAACUCUGUCCUUCUACAGCGUCUCUGACACAAUGACCCUCCUGCACAGAGUUCAGACCACAUUCACUCAGCCCCUCUAUCCUGGGUUUGGUUUGGGUAUUGGAUCCUCUUUAAGACUGUGUGAUCUGUGAUGAGUGAGAGGGAGGAUCAGCUGGAAUCAGAGUGAUAGAUACAGAGAGACAGAGAGGAGAGGCUAAUGAAAGAUAAAAGAUGAAAGCUGAGGAUCUGAUAAGGGGAGUAAAGGCCCUCACCAUGAGUGCACCACACAGGACCUGCAAAAUGAUUUAUAAUGAUCAGGCUGUUGGUGGAAAGUAAUUCUGUAUUUUAUUCUAAAUGUUGACUAAUAUGUAGUAAGGAAAUCAGAAAAUGAUUUCAAAGGAUUUUCAAAGUGAUUUCAAAGUAUAUAUAUGUAUACACUUUGUGAUUUAUUACAUAGGCCUGCUAUCAGCAGCUUGUUAAUGCAAUGCUUAACCAGCCAAUCAUGUGGCAGCAACUAAAUUUAUGAAAGAAUGCAAAUGUGGUCACGAGGAUCAGCUGUUUUUCAGACCAAAUGUCAAAAUUGGGAAGAAAUGUGAUCUAAGUGACUUUGACUAUAGAAUGAUUGUUGGUCUCAAAAACUGCUGAUCUCCUGGGAUUUUCACACAUAACAGUCUCUAGAUUUUUGUGAAAAACACAAAAUAUAAAUAAUAAAUACCGAAUACCAAAUUAAGUGCUCACUGAGUGAAUAUGCUUUAUAUUCCAGAAGAUAAAUAUGAUUGACAAAUGGCAAUGGAACAGUGAUUAUGGGUGUGGUAAAGUAAUAUUUUAAUUGUGUUAG